GCCAGGACUGCCAGGACUGCCAGGACUGCCAGGACGGCCAGGACGGCCAGGACGGCCAGGACUGCCAGGACGGCCAGGACAGCCAGGACGGCCAGGACUGCCAGGAGGCGCGACGCGGCGGGAAGGACAAGGAGGACGCGAAGGACACGUGGCCGGUCAAGGACUCGGCGACCACACCCACGCCAUGCUGUCCUGCGACGAGCGAUGCCAAGCGGACCUGUUGCACUACGUGCCGCCGCCGUCGACAACGCCACCAGGACCUGGAGCCACGGCUCGGCCGCAGUCCCGGACGACGCGCUGCCCGCCGGGCUCGACGCCGAGCUCUUCCUGAGCGACGCGUGGUCGCGGCGCCACUACUGGCAGGCGCUGCUGCUGCUAUCGGUGGGGCUGUCCGUGCUGCUGGGGGCCUUCGUGUUCCUGCUGGCCGCGCUGUCGGCGCGACACGGCCGCCACGGCUGCACGGCCGGCACGGCGGGCGCGGCCGCCGCCACCCUCAGCUCCCUGGUGCUCGUCGUGCUGCUCAUCUGCACGCGGACCGUGGCCGUCGACGCCCCGAAGUACGCGUAGCACGCGUAGUGCUCGUGAUGGACACGAGCGUCGACUCGGCGGCCAGGCUCGCGUCCUGGGUCACGGC